GACGAGCUGAAACGACUAAACAGGUGCUCUGCGUCCACAAACAGUCAGAAAUGUAUCCCUGUGCUAAGUUGAUGUUUACAAUUAUCUUUACAUAGAAAGUCUAGUUUUACAGCACAAAACAAGUUAGGGUGAGAUAGGUGUGUCAAGUGUCAUGGGUCAACAGAACCGGAAGAGGAACAGGACUGAUCACGUCUUUGUGGACAUCAAUUGAAAAACAUUACGCACCAGGUUGAUUCCAUGAGGACAACGCGAAGAAGCUCGACUCAAAGAUGGUGGAGGUUGCAGAGUGUCAUCACAUCGGAGAGAGGAUUAGAGGAGAGAGGUUGUCUCCCAGGAGCUGUGUGGUCGUGUCCCCCCCUCUCCUCCUUCACUGAGAGUCUUGAGCCCUAAAAGCUGAAGCAUAUUCUCUCUCUCCCCAUGAGAAGAGCUGGACCCGGCAGAGAAGCACCACGCGGACAACGCACAACUUGGAGCAAUCUCACUUGGGAAUCUUUCCGCUCCUUUUCCUUUCAGUUGACCGUGGCGAUAGGAGUGGCAGUGUGAGUUUGUGGUCUCCCUCCUGUGCUGCAAUAAUCCUCAGUUCUGCCCACCCUGAGAGCCAGCACGGGCACCAUGCUGCUGCCGUGGCUGGCCUGGUUGGCCCUGCUCGCUCUGGAUUGGGCCCCUGGAGGAUCUGCCUUCACCACCAGGCCCCAGGGGCUGAGGGGGCGCAUCCAGAGAGACCGCAGAAACAUCCGGCCCAAUAUCAUCCUCAUUAUGACAGACGACCAGGACGUGGAGCUGGGUUCCCUUCAGGUGAUGAACAAAACUCGUAAAAUCAUGGAAGAUGGUGGCACAUCCUUCACCAAUGCCUUUGUCACCACUCCAAUGUGCUGUCCAUCACGCUCCUCCAUGCUGACAGGCAAAUAUGUCCAUAACCACAACACAUACACCAACAACGAGAACUGCUCCUCCCCUUCCUGGCAAGCACAGCACGAGCCCCGCUCAUUCGCAGUCUACCUCAACAAUACUGGAUACAGGACAGCCUUUUUUGGCAAGUACCUCAAUGAGUACAACGGCAGCUACAUUCCUCCUGGGUGGCGCGAGUGGGUCGGAUUGAUAAAAAAUUCCCGCUUCUAUAAUUAUACUGUCUGUCGGAAUGGUUACAAGGAGAAACAUGGCGCUGAUUAUGCCAAGGACUACUUCACAGAUUUGAUCACCAAUGACAGCAUCAACUUUUUCCGCAUGUCUAAAAAGAUCUACCCACACCGGCCUGUGAUGAUGGUUAUCAGUCAUGCUGCCCCCCAUGGCCCGGAGGACUCGGCCCCGCAGUACGCCGAACACUUCCCAAACGCCUCUCAGCACAUAACUCCAAGCUAUAACUAUGCCCCAAAUAUGGACAAACACUGGAUCAUGCAGUACACUGGCCCCAUGAAGCCCAUCCACAUGGAGUUCACAAAUUUCCUUCACAGGAAAAGACUACAGACACUAUUGUCUGUUGAUGACUCGGUGCAGAAAGUUUAUGAGAUGUUACAAGAAACUGGAGAGCUUGAAAAUACCUACAUCAUCUACACAGCAGACCAUGGAUACCAUAUAGGACAGUUUGGCCUGGUUAAAGGAAAAUCAAUGCCUUAUGACUUCGAUAUCCGCGUGCCAUUUUUCCUUCGAGGACCCAAUGUAGAAGCAGGCGCUGUAAACCCUCACUUGGUGCUGAACAUUGAUCUGGCUCCCACUAUCCUCCACAUAGCUGGACUGGACACACCUCCAGACAUGGAUGGAAAGUCUAUCCUCAAGCUGCUGGAGCAGGACCGCUCUGGGAACAGAUUUAAACCAAACCGGAAACCCAAAGUCUGGCGGGACACAUUCCUUGUGGAGCGGGGUAAGAUCUUGAGGAAGAAGGAUGACUCAGUGAACACACAGCACACUAACAGCCUCCCCAAAUAUAAGAAGGUCAGGGAGACAUGCCAGCAGGCCGAAUUCCAGACGCCAUGCGAGCAGCCCGGGCAGAAAUGGCACUGUGUGGAGGAGAUUACUGGGAAGUGGCGCAUUCAAAAGUGUAAAGGGGGGGGCGUGAAAGAGGGCUCCAGGAAGAGGGUCCGCAGCCUGAAGCCUCGCAGCAGCUACGAGCACAGAGAGAGGGGUUGUGAGUGCGAUGCUGCCCUGCUCAAACCCACACGAGCAGACCGCCGAUCACAGAGGCAGUUCUCCUCUGGCCACCGUUUCCGGCCGCGAUUCGUCCACACUCGUCCUGCCAGGUCGCUCUCAGUUGAAUUUGAAGGUCAGAUUUAUGAUGUGGACCUCCAGGCAGAUGACCAGUCUGCUGUGAGGCGCAGGGUCAUCUCAAAACGCCACUACAACCCCGAUGACACCGCUCUGGAAACGGACGAUGGUUCAGAGGAGAUGCUGGCAGAUGACACCAAUGCUGUAGGAUACCCCAACUCAGUCAGAGUCACUCACAAGUGUUACAUCUUAAUGAAUGACUCUGUACAUUGUGAACGGGAAAUCUACCAGUCUUCUAAAGCCUGGAAGGACCACAAGACCUACGUGGAUCAAGAGAUUGAGGCCCUCCAGGAUAAGAUCAAAAACCUGCGUGAAGUGAGGGGCCACCUGAAGAGGACACGGCCAGACGAAUGUGACUGUGGCAAGAAGAGCAGCUAUUUUAGCAAAGGCAUCAGAAACAAGGAGAAAUUGAAGAACAGAAAAAAUCAACUUCACCCAUUUAAGGAAGCGGCACAUGAGGUAGACGCUAGAGUGCAGUUGUACAAUGAGAUCCGAAGACGCAAGAAGGAGAGGAAAGAGAAGAAGAGACAGAAAAAGGGGGAUGACUGCAGCCUGCCCGGACUCACCUGCUUCACACAUAACAAUGACCACUGGCAGACAGCGCCAUUUUGGACCAUGGGAGGAUUCUGCGCUUGCACCAGCUCGAAUAACAACACUUAUUGGUGCCUACGAACCAUCAACGAAACCCACAACACUCUGUUCUGUGAGUUCUCCACUGGUUUCCUGGAGUAUUUUGACCUCAACAGUGACCCAUACCAGCUAACCAAUGCUGUAUAUAACGUGGAUAGAGAUGUACUGAACUCUCUCCAUGCCCAACUGAUGGAGAUGAGGAGUUGCCAGGGAUACAAACAGUGUAAUCCACGUCCGAAAGGCUUGGACACAGAACACAACCCUUAUGGGACGGACGACAGGGUUAAGCUCCCCAACCUGACGGAUGAGGAGGUGAACUGGCAGGGACUGGAGGACCUUUACAGCAUCAACGACAGCCUUUAUGAACCCAGGCCUGACUACAGCCCCAGCCCGGACAACUGGGACAACUACGAGAAGGAAGUAGACUAUAUGUUUGCACUGCUACUUGACUUAAACAAACACAACCAAACCCAAACACUUGACGACUCCACCCUGCCAGAGCUGGGCUCCGGGGCCGGGGGAGGACUGGACGAGGGCAGUGGAGCUCUCUGGCCUGGAUUUAUUGCUGAGGUCCAGACCACGACCCUCACCCCAAGUACAACACUACCAGCUGCACAAAGCCCUAUUCCCCUACAGGACGACCCACAGGGAACUCUAGUGAAUGAGCUGCCAGAGAGCGGCCAUGCCAGCCCCUCUCCUCCUGUCAGGUCAGCUAGUGUGCAUAGCGCCCCCGUGUGGGUGCAGCUGGAGGACAUUGAGGGAGAGGAGGACUUUAGUGGAAAUGGACUGAUAGAGUUAGAGAUCAGACACGACCACCUACUGCGCACACAUAACAGCCUGCAGCCGCAGCCCCGGGGCCCACUGCCCCUGGUGGACCAGGAGGACAUUUUCCAGGCCCAAGGAUACCUCCCCUUCUCCCCUCAGACUGUAGGGCCUGCAGCGAAGGCCAGCGCCCCCUCUGGUCACACGAAUGCUCCGCACAGCACCCCCUCUGGACAGACCAGUGUUCUGCGUGCCGAUGGGGCCCUUCUCACUGUGGACUUUGAGGGCAGUGGCUCGUCCUCACAGCUCUCCAAUCAGACACUCUGAGGGGAGGAGCAUGUACUAAGCAGCCAAUGAGCCGCUUGUCACCAUAGAGACAGUGACCAGGAGAUGAGCUUGCCAAAGGCGAGUGAUGCACCUCAGUAAGAGUUGUAUAUUAAGUAUUAAAGUUAUUGUUUAUUUUUUUACAGGUGCCUACAUAUUAGUAAAACAGUGUUAUGUUUUCAAAAUAUAUAUUUAGAAAAGAAAGCCUUAAUGCAGCUAAAGAGAGUAUUGGGAUAAAAGAGGAUUAUUCCAUCUGAAAAACACCUUAGAUGUUUGAGUGGUGGGACCUGUGACUUCAGAAUAGUUCACUAUAGUUUGUCUACUUUCUCUGUCACAGAUGGUUCACAGAUGGACCACUCUCCGGUGGCUUCAAGGCAACAUCGCCCCCAAAUGCACUUUUCCACACAGACUCCAACGUUUGUGUCUUUGACAUAUUGUCCAGUGUAAAUUCAGAUUUUAUGAAAUAUUUUAUUUCUACUGACUACUUUUUAAAGCUACAGCAAGUGCUGGAGACAUUUCUAAAAAGGUUACAGAAUUAACAUAAAUAAUAAUAACGUUUUUUAUUUAAAAGACCUUUUAAACAUUUUAAACUAAACUAAUUAUUAUAACAUGCCUUUUCCUUUGUGAUGUUGUCAUAACAUUGGACAGUCAUGAAGUUCUAUAGGUAGUAUAUAAUAAUGCUUCAUGUAGUAGCACCUAUUUCAGGCAGGUCACAGAAAUGCAUAGCUUGAGCUUUUAUUUUGCAUGUUAGAGCACUAUUUCAGUAUAUCACUAAUUAGUUGCACCACUGCACCAGUUUGAUUUGCAGAGUUUGCACAUUGGUCACAUUCACAGCAGAUUUCAAUGUAAUGGUAUUGACCAUUAAUUAUCACAGUGGGUCACAUGGCAGAGGUUUGUUAUGUAACUUUUUUGGAAAUGCCACCAGAUUAAUCUAUGUAGUGCUUGAUAAUCCAGUGUAGUGUUGCAAAAGGCCCAUUCAUUUCAAAAGCAAAUGUUUUGAACUUAGUCUAUGACAGUGCUGAUGCAGUUGUAUGUAAAACCAACAUGCUAAUUUGUUUCAAUAAGCUAUGGAUUUUAUGGUGCGCCUACACAUGUGCCAUCUGGUUAAGUGGCUUUACAGAAACAUAUAAGCUGUCUAGAAUCGUGUGUUCAAAAGCCAUGAAGCUGAAAUAAACCCUUGCAACCUCCUAAA